ACUUUGUUUUACAACUCUCAAUUGAAAUUUCCAUUGGAGAAAUUAUUAAACACGCCUUAAAUUCUAAUCGAAAAAUUUUAGUUUUGUUUUUCGUUUCAGUUUGUAAAUUUCUUAGCUCUGGACUCGCUGGUGGAAAUGUGGACAUGGACAUGCCGUUAAGUAGUAAACUGGCUAUUGUUGCUGCCACAGCCGGCACGUUCUUUGCUUUAGGCGCCUACUACCACCACAAACAUGUGAUCCGUAAUAUUAAGAGAUUGGAACAACGCAAUCCACAUGCGUAUUUUAUACGACGCAAACUCUACGGACUGCUAGAUAUCUUUGAAGUAAAGGCGAUCAAUGAAUGCAGCGAUGUUAAUGUCGAUAACGGCUCGCACAAGAUGGGCUCCAUUAUGAAGUAUGGAUUCCCAAGCAUGAACGAGAUUAGCCUAAAUGAGACUUUCAAUUUUGUCACAUCGUUCGAUCGCCGUAACUCGUCCAUUCAAUGGAUGUGUGAGCGUGUGGACGUCUCUAGCUAUGCAAAUGCAAUUGGACGGGAGUAUCGAGAUCUUUCGGUGAAGCAUCGGUCAAGUACUACGACGCCGCCAGGCAUCUUGUAUCAACAAUCGGAAGCGGCACGUGUUUUCUUCAUGUCGAACAUUAAACCGUUUCAGAAUCGUGGCUUCAAUGCCGCCAUCUGGGAGAGAUUGCUGCACUACGUACACAGCAUGACUGAAAAGUAUGAUAUUGUUUUUGUGUACACCGGAUCCAUCUAUUUGCCACGUGAAAUGAAGAGCAACAAUUGGUAUUUGGAAUUUCAGCCAGAGGACAAUACCGUUGUUGCCAUACCCACACACUUCUUCAAGAUAAUCAUUAUCGAUACAAAGGAAGUCAACAGCAUACCGUAUGCGGAGGCCUAUGUAUUGCCCAAUACAGCGCUCAAUGAUGACACAGAUUUGCGGACACUGCUAUGUGAUGUGCGAGACAUAGAGAACGCGACGGGCUUAAAGUUCUUUGAGGGUCUCGAUCGCAACUUCGUCAAUACCCAAGUUGACGCACCAAUUGCACUAGACAAUUCAUUAAGUCAAUUAAGUGAUAACGCGUCAUAAUAUUAGUUAAAUAACUAUGAGAGUUAGCAGAAGGCGAGUGUCCUAAGUAAUUUGCGGAAACUAUCAAAAUUAUUCAACUGUUGUCUUUCUACCCAGUUUUCCUCACCUAUAUUAUCAAAUUCGUUUAC